UAUAUUACCGCAGAAGAGGAAAGGCUUGUGGUUGUAUGGGUUCGGGUGUGGACCAAAUGACCCUGUGAGGACACAGGACCGAGGUCCAGUGUCUCCAGAGCCCAUUCCUUCUGUGCCUCUCCUGCCUGCAGCUGAUAAACCUCUUAUCUGGCCUAGGCAGGGGAGCCCAGGGCCAGGAUAGGAGGAGAGGGCAGAGCUGCUAUCAGCCGCCAGGCCUGGGCCAUAUCUUGGAGAGGGGGAGGGGUUGUCUGCUUGACUCUUUCCACAACAUGCUCUUGGGGAUCCCCAAGCAUAUAUUGUCAUCAUCUUGGAAAGAAAAGGGUGAGAACCUAACACUGAGGACAGAGGAGGAAAGGAGGGCACCCCUGAUGCUGCCCUAGAAAAUGGAAAAGAAAACAUAGCAAAACAGAAAAGCAGAAGACCUGACUCUGCCCCUAGCCAGGAAAACAGUUUUAGGGGCUAAAAAGGAGGGGAAAGAGUGGGCAUUUUUCCUGGAAAAAAGGUAAAGACCUCCUGUGCUGCCAAAGGAAUUGAUUGUGGCCGUAGUCAGCGAAGUGGAGAUCACACCCCAUUUUAAGGGAUUGGUUGAUGAGUCCAGCAUGAGUGAGGGUGGGGAGGAAGAGGUCUCUCCUUCCAGGGAGAGGGAUCCCUUCCAAGGAGGUAGCGCAAACUUGCUGACCCUAGCAGGUGUUGCUCUAGCACCUCUUUUCUUUGACACAGGAUUCUAGAGCCAUCUGGGCUUUGGGGGAACCUGGACCACACUCUGGCCCAGUAGGAUGUCCCCGUGUCCUCCCCAGCAGAGCAGGAACAGAGUGAUACAGCUGUGUACUUCAGAACUAGGAGAGAUGGAACUGACUUGGCAGGAGAUCAUGUCCAUCACCGAGCUGCAGGGUCUAAAUGCUCCAAGUGAGCCAUCGUUUGAGCCCCAAGCCCCAGCCCCAUACCUUGGACCUCCACCACCCACAGCUUACUGCCCCUGCUCAAUCCACCCAGACGCUGGCUUCCCACUUCCUCCACCACCUUAUGAACUCCCAGCAUCCACAUCCCAUGUCCCAGAUCCCCCAUACUCCUAUGGCAACAUGGCUAUACCAGUCUCCAAGCCACUGACCCUCUCAGGCCUGCUCAGUGAGCCGCUCCCAGACCCCUUAGCCCUCCUGGACAUUGGGCUGCCAGCGGGACCACCUAAGCCCCAAGAAGACCCAGAAUCCGACUCAGGAUUAUCCCUCAACUAUAGCGAUGCUGAAUCCCUUGAGCUGGAGGGGACAGAGGCUGGUCGGCGGCGCAGCGAAUAUGUAGAGAUGUACCCAGUGGAGUACCCCUACUCACUCAUGCCCAACUCCUUGGCCCACUCCAACUAUACCUUGCCAGCUGCUGAGACCCCCUCGGCCUUAGAGCCCUCCUCAGGCCCUGUGCGGGCUAAGCCCACUGCACGGGGGGAGGCAGGGAGUCGGGAUGAACGUCGGGCCUUGGCCAUGAAGAUUCCUUUUCCUACAGACAAGAUUGUCAACUUGCCGGUAGAUGACUUUAAUGAGCUAUUGGCGAGGUACCCGCUGACAGAGAGCCAGCUGGCGCUAGUCCGGGACAUCCGACGACGGGGCAAAAACAAGGUGGCAGCCCAGAACUGCCGCAAGAGGAAGCUGGAAACCAUAGUGCAGCUGGAGCGGGAGCUGGAGCGGCUGAGCAAUGAGCGGGAGCGGCUUCUCAGGGCCCGCGGGGAGGCCGACCGGACCCUGGAGGUCAUGCGCCAACAGCUGACAGAGCUAUAUCGUGACAUUUUCCAGCACCUUCGGGAUGAAUCAGGCAACAGCUACUCUCCUGAAGAGUAUGCGCUGCAACAGGCUGCCGAUGGGACCAUCUUCCUGGUGCCCCGGGGGACCAAGAUGGAGGCCACAGACUGAGCUGGCGCAGAGGGGUGGAACUGGUGAUGGGGUUUUCUUCAUUCCCUUCUGAUAAAGGUACUCCCCAACCCUGAGAGCCAGAAAGAGCUGAGUUCUCUAGACCAGACGAGGAUGACAAUGGGAAUGGGUGUUUAGAAGUUCCAAGGUGUGUUCAAAGAGGCUUGCCUUGAGGGAGGGCUGGAAUCUGUCUUCCCUGACUCAGCUUCUCAGGUCUUCAGCCUCCACCUCUUGUCCAAGCUUUGGUCUAUAAAGUGCGAUACAGAAAUAGC